UGAGCCCUCACCUCUCUAUUCUCUCCCUCAAUUUCUCAUUUAUUGGAUCAUUUUUUUUCUCUAUUUGUGUUUCCAAUGGUGCAGGUUAGCAACAGGGGUGAUGAAGAUCAGCAGCAACUUCUCCCAGUCGACGGUGACGGCACAUGCAUGGCCUGCAAGAAAACGCCGGAGUUGGAUCGGACGGUGACUUGUGGGACGUGCAAUACGCCGUGGCACGUAGAUUGUCUAGUUGAGGGUCCAACUACGUUGGUGGAAAUUUUGAGUUUUAUCUGCCCUGACUGUUCCGGAGGAGGUCUCACUGGAGCUCCAGCACCGGUGUCUUCAUCCAACGGAGACCUUGUCACGAAGAUUCGGGCUAUCGAGGCAGAUGGUUCUUUGACGGAGCGUGAGAAGGCGAAAAAAAGGCAGGCGCUUUUUGCUGGAAAAGGUGUUGAUAAAGAUGAGCAGAAAAGAAAGGGGAAAGAGAAAAUGAAUGAGGCUUUGGCUCUUCUUAGUCAGAGCAUUAAAUGCUCCUUUUGUAUGCAGUUGCCUGAAAGGCCUGUCACGACACCAUGCGGUCACAAUUUCUGCCUGAAAUGUUUCCAGAAGUGGAUUGGCCAAGGUAAACGUACAUGUGCAAAAUGUCGCUCCAAUAUUCCUUCUCACAUGGCAAGCCAGCCACGUAUCAACUCUGCCCUAGUAGCUACCAUUAGACGUGCAAGGAUGUUGGGAACAACUGCUGUUGGAGCACCUGUGAAGGUUUAUCACUCCUUGAAGGCUGAAGAUCUACCUGAUGAGUCAUAUGUCACUGAACGAGCAAAGUAUGGAGGGAUCGCGAAUGCUAAAUGUGGCAGAAUUUUUGUUAGUGUUCCUUCAGAUCAUUUUGGACCCAUCUUAGCUGAGAAUGAUCCCGUGCUGAAUCUGGGUGUCUUGGUUGGUCAGUGUUUUGCAAAUCGGCAUAAAUCCAGACAGUGGGGUGUGCAUCGGCCUCUUGUUUGUGGAAUUUCUGGACAGGCAAAUGUUGGUGCUCAGUCAGUGGUCCUUUCGGGAGGUUACGUGGAUGAUGAGGACCAUGGUGAAUGGUUCCUCUAUACUGGAAGCGGUGGGAGAGAUCUAAGUGGAAACAAGCGAACAAAUAAGGACCAAUCAUUUGAUCAGGAGUUCAAAAACUUCAAUGAGGCCUUGCGUGUUAGUUGCAAAAAAGGCUAUCCAGUUCGUGUGAUUAGAUCAUACAAAGAAAAACGUUCUUCCUAUGCCCCAGAGAAAGAUUUGCGCUAUGAUGGGAUCUACAGGAUAGAAAAAUGCUGGAGAAAAGUUGGGCAGCAGGGAUUUAAAGUCUGUAGAUAUUUAUUUGUAAGAUGUGAUAACGAACCUGCACCAUGGACAAGUGAUGAGGACGGAGAUUGUCCCCGUGCCCUUCCAGAUGUUCCUGAGCUACAACAAGCAAUUGACAUUUUCGAGAGGAGCGAAAGCCCAUCAUGGGAUUAUGAUGAUGGAGAAACUUGCUGGAAGUGGAAAAUGCCACCUCCUCCCAGCAAAGAAAAGGUGAUUGAAGCAAAACCUGAGGAUAUAGAGAGGGCACGCAGGGCGUUUAAGAAAUCACGACAUGAUUCCUUAAGAGAAAACCUUCUUAAAGAAUUCAGCUGCCUACUGUGCAAGAAGGUGAUGAAUCUCCCUGUCACGACACCUUGUGCUCAUAACUUUUGCAAAUCUUGUCUAGAAGACUGUUUUAGUGGCCAAGCAUUCAUAAGAGAAAGAACAUGCAAGGGGGGACGCCAACUUCGUGCACAGAAGAACUGUAUGAAAUGCCCUGUAUGCCCAAGUGACAUAUCAGAAUUUCUUCAGAAUAUGCAGGUUAACAGAGAAGUCAUGACUGCAAUUGAGGAUAUUCAAGCUAAGCUUGAGGAGGAUGAGAAAACCAUGGAGGAUUCUGGUGAACAUGGAGUUGAUGCUGAACAAGAGAGUCCUGGUGAUCAGCCAAGUGACACAGAGAUUGCAUCGUUAAAUGCCGAAGAUGUAGGAAGCAAUGGAAGUGCUUUAAAGAGGAAGAGUGUUGAUGGCUGCCUUUCUACUGAGAACAAGAGGCAGAAAGCUGAUAAUGGGCAUGGAAUAUCCGAUGAGACUGAAAAUGUCCAUGCUGAUGCAAAUGGUUCACCUUCAAGCCCUCUCCAUCUGCGUCCAAAUGAUGAAAUCUUCUCCUAGUGAACUGCUAGAAGAACUAGUUUAAUAAUUUAUACACAUUUCUGAAUCAUGCUAAGACCAAUUUUCCUUACUCUUGUCAGGUCUUUGAAUGUGCAAUUAUACUUAGUUAUUGCUCUUGAAGAAUUGUUUGUAAUUUAGGAUAAAUAUGGAACCAUUGAAAAAGUAAGCUCAAUGUAAGAAUCUACAUUCAUUCAAUUUCUGAGC